AGUAAAAGCAAAACUUACAAUUACUUCUUAAACAAAACUACAGUGGUGGUUGUUGCUGAUAUUUGCAAUGUGUCAGCUUCUGGGUUGCAAACAGAGGUUGGGAUUUGGUUUUCUCAGAAAAUCAAUUUCUGGGUUUUCAAAUUCGGGGAAAGUUUGAGUUUGGGAGUUCAUUUCCCAUCUCAAAAUCCAUGUUUUUGAGCUCAUUAAUAGGUAUUAUAUUUUUCAUUUCUGUGGUUUAGGAGUUCGUUGGUUUUCUUUAGCGAUAAAUUGGGCCUUGUGUUUGAUUGAUUAUCAGCUUGUCAGUGAUAAAGAAAGCGCCUUUGAAAUCUGCUGCCUGUACUCUUCAUUUUGGCUGAGAAAGAAAAUUGGAAACCCAAGUUUCUUCUGAGAUUGCUGGUGACUGUUUCUUAUAAGUUUGAUAACUGAGAUUUCAAGUAUACAAAUCUGCCUGAGCAUUUCAUUCUUGAUCAUGCUGAAACUGCAAGGAAUCAAGAUUUCGAGAAGUUACACAUAUCCAAUUAUGAUGUGCUAAUUAUUAGUGAUGUUUUGGGCAUGAUCAAGGAGAAGCAGAGAUAAUUAGUUUCUGGUUCUCUAAUUCAAAGAAUUAGGAUUUCAUUUUAUAAAAAGGAAACUCUUUGUGAAAAAAUUUAUUGAUAAUUCAGGGGGGUAUUGUGAACGAUGAUGGAGAAACAGAGCAGUUUUAAGGGAAGAAAAGUGGAGAAACAGGUAAGUUUUAAACAGAAAGUGAUUGAAAAACACCCCAGUUUUCGUGGGGGAAAUGAAAAUCAGUCGACGUCUGGAGGAGUGAUGGAAAGACACCCCAGCUUUCGUGGAGCGCUUGAGAAACAAAAAAGCUUUCGUGGGUUUUUGGAGAAACAGAAGAGUUUUCGCACUGUGAUGGAGAGGCAGCUCAGUUUUAUUGGUGGUGGAGAGAAAAAGAAGAACAAGGACUCACCUGGAAAGCGAGGUGACUCCCAGAUUCAUUUGGCAGCUCGAGCGGGGAAUUUGACUAAAAUUAGGGAGAUUCUUCAGAAUUGUGAAGGUAAUGAAGCAAAAGAUUUGUUGUCAAUUCAAAAUCAAGAAGGAGAAACUCCCCUUUAUGCAGCAGCAGAGAAUGGGAAUGUUGGAGUGAUUGUUGAGAUGUUGGGAUAUAUGGACCUGGAGACUGCAUCUAUUCCAGCUAGGAAUGGAUUUGACCCAUUCCAUGUUGCGACGAAGCAGGGUCAUCUAGAGGUGUUGAAGGAACUUUUGCAUGCAUUUCCCAACUUGGCGAUGACCACAGAUUUGACAUGUACAACUGCCUUACAUACAGCUGCCACUCAAGGUCAUAUUGACGUGGUGAAUCUCCUUUUGGAAACAGAUUCAAAUCUAGUUAAAAUUGCCAGGAAUAAUGGUAAGACUGCUCUCCAUUCGGCUGCAAGGAUGGGGCAUUUGGAAGUUGUAAGAUCGAUACUAAACAAGGAUCUGAGCACUGGCCAUAGGACUGAUAAAAAGGGACAAACUGCACUGCACAUGGCUGUAAAAGGUCAAAAUGAGGAAAUUGUGCUAGAAUUAGUAAAACCUGACCCCUCAGUUAUGUGUUUGGAAGAUAAUAAAGGAAACACGGCAUUGCAUAUUGCCACAAAGAAAGGCCGCACGCAGAAUGUACGUUGCUUAUUAUCGGUUGAGGGUAUCAAUAUCAAUGCAAUUAACAAGGCUGGAGAGACCCCACUUGACAUAGCAGAAAAACUUGAUAACCCAGAACUUGUGUCUGUCUUAAAGGAAGGUGGAGCUAUCAGUUCUAAAGAUCUUGGAAAACCGCGAAACGAAGCAAAGCAACUUAAGCAGACUGUCAGUGACAUAAAGCAUGAUGUUCAAUCCCAGCUUCAACAGACCCGUCAAACUGGCUUCAAGGUGCAGAAGAUUGCCAAGAGAUUGAAGAAGCUCCAUAUUAGUGGCCUCAACAAUGCUAUAAACUCUUCAACUGUUGUUGCUGUGCUCAUAGCUACAGUUGCUUUUGCAGCCAUUUUCACUGUGCCUGGCCAAUAUGUUGAGGAUAAAGAAGAAGGAACAUCUCUUGGGCAAGCCUACAUAGCUAAAAAUCCAGCUUUCUUAGUGUUCUUUGUGUUUGACAGCCUCGCAUUGUUCAUCUCUUUGGCUGUUGUCGUAGUCCAAACAUCUGUCGUCGUGAUUGAACAAAAGGCUAAGAAGCAGCUUGUAUUUGUUAUUAACAAACUCAUGUGGCUGGCUUGUCUCUUCAUUUCAAUUGCUUUCAUUUCUCUCACAUAUGUGGUGGUGGGUGAGAAGUCUAGGUGGCUUGCUAUUUACGCAACAGUCAUUGGUGGCACAAUCAUGCUCACAACAAUCGGCUCAAUGUGCUAUUGUGUGAUUUUGCAUAGAAUGGAAGAGUCAAGAUUGAGAAGUAUAAGGAAAGAGAGUCGAUCCCAUUCUUACUCUAUGUCAAUGGUGUCGGAGCAGGAAAUUUUGGACAGUGAAUAUAAGAGGAUGUAUGCGUUAUGAAAGAGAGAAAUGGACUGCAUAAGAAUAACUGGCUUUCUAUUCUUUUCGUCUAUGCUAUGAAAUAGUGCUAUGAUUCUAAUGCUCUACUGGCUAUGACAUUUUCAAGUAAGAAGUUGACCUCAAAGUGUUGCUUUACUCGAAUAAUAUGAUGAUAUGGAAGGAAGCAGUCUGGUUCAGCAAUCAAAAGGCAGCUUCUCAUCCUCACUUUUAUCGGACUUGUCAAGAAAAGCUCUGUUGACAGGUAAUCUGCUGUGAAUCUUCGCUUAGCUGUCUGAAUCUGAUUUACAAUUUUCUUGAAAGCAGGCAAAAGGUGUUGAUGCCUUAAGUGAUAUAUAGGUCUACUUGAAUUAUAUAUGUAUAAGGAAAUAUAGUGAAAUGAUCUUAUAAUCGAUCUAUGAAAGCUUUGGCUUACAUGGUAUUCGAUUCUCUCCA